CUCACACUCUCUCUCUCUCUCUCUCUCUCUCUCUCUCUCUCCAUCCUGACAGUCUCUCUGUCAGAGAGAACGAUGAGGUUUUCCAGUCAACCUGCAGACAGAUGUGGAAGCAGCUGCUGCUCUCACCGCCCGACAACGCUGGGCAGAUCAGCCUGGAGCAGCAUGCCAUCUUAACCAGCGGCGAGCGGUCCACCUUGGCCCAUCUCUCCACAGCCCGCUGUCUCCACUUGGUGAAGAUGUAGUCUGUUUGAUCUCUAUGGAGAUGUCUCCAAACACUGUCUCCUCUGUCUCGUUGCCAUGGUCACUGUGGUUGCUGUUCUUUCUGACCCCCGUCACCCAGACAACAAGCUCCGCCCCCUCAUCUGAAACGUCUCUGCCGGUCAACACCACGCUGCUGUUCGACAGCGACGCCCCGGGCAACAACCUGCGGAACUGCAGCUGCACCACGCCCGUGCGGGACUGCGACGAGGCUCUGGCCAACUCGCUGUGCAGAUGCCACACCGUUUUGCGCUCCGCUUUGCCCCCUGCUGGGCUCAGAGAGCCUGGACCACUCACCGUGUGGGUGAAGGAGCUCUGGGUCCUGGAGGAGCUGCUGAACAGGAGCACGGUUGGCCAUUUGCAGUUGUCUUUUUGUGGAGUAAAGCCAAUGGACAGUCAGUACCUGGCUCUGCUAGGUCUGCAGACCCUCAAGAUCCACAGUGCAGCACCAGAAGCUCCCUACCCCAACCAGGAAAUGACAAUCUCCCCGGCAGCAGGAGUUGCAGUGGAGCUAGAGGCCCUCUCCUUUGACUUCUCCUCUUCCUUUCAUGUGACCUUCCUGGAUGUAGCAGUUCUCAAUGGCUUCUCUGCACUGAAGGCAUAUAGUGUGGUGGGACCAGCUGCUCACACCCUCUCCCAGCAGUUCCCCGACCUGGCCUCGCCCCUUUCUCUGGCUCUGCCACCCUCUGCUACUUCUGAUCACCCUACAGAGCCCAGUGAGCAGGCUGCAGACCCUCCGCACAAUCUGCUUUUUACUUUUGUCUACUAACAACACCCGUUCAUGGACAUGGUCAGGUUUGCAGUAACAAGUGACAAAUGAUGCACAGGAGUUAUGUACAACACAGCUGGAUGGGUUUUUUUGUUCUCCUUUUGCACAGGAAAAGUGUCACAUGUGGAUUAUAAUAACCUUUUGUAUGACUGGCUGCUGUACUGUCAGUCUGGUCCAAAGGUGGCUUUGAACAGAGAGGCUGACAUCUCUCUCACACUGAUGCUUUUUCUUAAAGGAGACUAUUGACUUCAGAACUGUUACAUGUGUGUUACACUCCUUUUUUUUAUCCCUAAAAGGAAUUGCCUCGAAAUGUCUGCACUCAUAACGCAGACAGACACAAGGUUUGGAAAUGUUUACACCAGCAUGUUACAAAUUCAAAAUCACAUGAGGUCCCCUAUCCGUGCAAUUAGGGCUGAAGACUUUGUAGAUCAUCGGGCUGUGAGUUGAAACAGUCUGUUGUGUUUCUAGACUGUACAGUUUUAACUCAAACAGGUAAUUACCAUUUCAGUAUUCAGUUUUCCCCACGCUUUAACAGGUUCCAAUGUCGAAAUAAAACAGUGACAUCCCUAAUAAAGUAGGUAAAAGCCAUGAAUAAGAGUAAGUUUUGGGGUUGCCAGUUUGUGAAAUACCUGGUGUUUGUCCUUUCUGUUAAUAAUGCAGUUCUAAAUGUUGCUAAUUCAUUAAUAAAUGCGUAUUGGUAUCUUACUUUCUAACAAGCCGUAUAAAGCAUUGGUAAAUUAUUUAUGAACAAAAAUAAUAUCAUAUCACUAUUUUCCAUGUUGGUUUUUAAGACUUGAAAGUUACUGAUCAGUACAGCCAAACUAAUUUACAUAUUAAAAAAAUGGAUAGCCCUACAAGGUAACAAAACACAACACCAAAUGUUAUUCUCAAAUGCAACACUUUAAAGCCUCAUUAGGGUUCUGUUCUCGACAUUCAGAACAUUAAUAUAGCAGCAAGCUGAUAUUUGCUCUGUAAAGAUAUAGAGCUAACUAAUGCUCUGUUUGCACUGUAGCUGUUAGCGCUCCCCAUUUUCUGCCCCCUACCUCUCCGGUUGUAAUCAGCUGAUCAGCGGGAUGAGCUCUGUAAAAGCACUGAUCUCCCAUCAAAGCCCAGCCUGUGUAGUGUGCAGUGCAGCAGAAAUUAGUUAGCUAGUGGGAGCACUAUUGCCAUUGUUAGCUCAGGGCUAGCAUUGCACCGCUGUAUGGCAUUUACAGACAUUUUAAUCGUUCACGAUCUAAUAUCGUCAUAUCGCACUGUGCACACCCCAACCUGGCAUCCCAAAACUUCUACUAAUUAAAUAUCAUGACUUUUAAGUGA